AUAAUGGCGCGGUACAAGUGAAGCUGCGAGCGAACAGAUCGGCGCCAUAGCCUCCAGUCGCGAGCCACCAUGAGGACAUUCCUGCCUGUCGUCGUCAGCGCGAUGCUGCUGGCAGCCCCCGCAAAGGCAGACGAGCCAGACCUGACAAAAGCAGUCAAGGAUUUAAAGGACUGCAUGGCCUCUGAGAACCUAGAUAGUCUGGAUGGCCUCAAAACCAACAAGAAGGCCACAACAACAGAGGAGAAGUGUUUUAUCGGCUGCAUGUUGAAGUCCGUUCAUGGGAUCAACUCUGAUGGUGAAUACGACGUGGAUCUUCUGAAGGAACACAUCAAUCACUGUCCUGAGCUAAUGAAGGACCAGAAGAACAAAGCAGCUGCGAUCGAAGUCGCCGAAAGCUGCGCUGGGAAAGUUACAGGAUGCAGCGGCUACUGCGAAUGCGGGAUCGUCGCAGGCGACUGCUUGUCCGAGGGAAUGGAGGCCAGGGGCUAUGAGACAAUAUAUGGCUGGCUUGGAAAAGUCAUCGCGAAGGCGGAUGCUUGAUUAGGAAAAAGUGAAAUAGAGUGAUGUGACUUAUUUACAGCUACUAUUGUUGUAAGGACAUUACUAAGAAAUAAAAAUUCUGAAACUUCAAUAA